AUCAGACUAUCGCCGUGCAAGAGUUCCCGUUCGUGAGCAACGAAGGCAAUGAGGAGAUCCUGGGCUUAGCCCCAUUAUUCGCAGUGCUAUGUUUUAUUUCGCCGAUGCUUGCAUACGUGUUCCUCAUCUCGACGCUCGUCGACGAGAGGUGCUCUGGUAUACUGGAACUGUUGAGAAUGGUCGGUGUUCGGAUGUACCACGUGGGGUUAUCUCACCUUGUGUUUACGAUGCCGGCAUCCUGCUUGUUCGCUUUCGUUGGGACCAUAGUUCUAACCACGACCCCCAACCCGUUCGUGCAGAAUUCUAACCCCAUGCUCAUCUUCCUCAUGUUAAAACUACAUUUCUGCACCAUAAUAGCUAUGGCGUUUGCUGCUUCCUACAUCGCGAGAGAUAAGCAAUAUGUGGUGACAAUAGCUGUAGGAACAUACGUGGCUCUUUGGGUGCCGACUCAGCUUCUCACGAACGUAGUGAUGGACCGGCGACUCUUGUGGCUCACCGGUUUCCUCCCCACAUGCCCUGCUACUGGUUCUGGAAGGAGUUGGGCAAGCUUGAAUCCUUCGUUCUUUGGGAAAAAAGUAAAGCCAACCGUUAAGGAUGAAGAGGAUGAAGGCAUGAAAUUGAAUGAGACGGCUGAAGAGUAUUUUGAGGAUACUCCGAUAGGUGUCAAACCUGGUAUAAAAAUUGAGAAUGUCUACAAG